UACUCUGACGUUGUUUGUCACCACAGGAAAUGCAUCUGAGAACCGUCACAUUUGCUAUUUGCUCGCAUAAACUUGUGUCGUGAUCCCAGCUGAUAGUAUUUGCCCCCAUGAGUUUAUAUGCGCGUAUCCGGACCCGAUGAUUUGACUCAUUCCGGACCCCGUACUGUAGAAAGUUGCUUUGUUUUGCUUGUUACGCAAUGAACGUGACAGUGACAGAGUGACUUCUUGCACAUAAAACAGGCUAGUAAAGCUAAUUAGCUCAGUCUGCUAAGUCAAACAACUCUCAGGUCUCUGCGUCCUUUGGAGGAGGAGGAAACAAGCUCGACUAAAGUGGACUUUUCACUCCGGAUCGUGCGUGAUCAGCAAGUGGGAUAGUUUUUGAGCACUCUUUUUUUUUAACCUUGUUUGUUCUUCAAAUGGCUUUGGUAACAGUUCUCAGAAGACUUGCUCACGUAAGGGUACAAGAAUAUACGCGGAGGACUGCAGCUGUGGCUUCGAGUGCCUGGCUGACGGGUCAGAGGAGUUUCACCACCGGUACGCAGCCUCUGAGGUCGAACAAGGUGACGAUCAACUUCAUCAACAGAGACGGGGAGAAGAUCUCAGUCAAGGGCUCGCCUGGAGACUCACUGCUAGAUCUGGUCAUUAACGAAGACCUCGACUUUGACGGCUUCGGAGCGUGCGAGGGCACCCUGGCGUGCUCCACAUGCCAUCUGAUCUUCGACGAGGACGUCUACAAGCAGCUGGGGCCGGUCACCGAUGAGGAGAUGGACAUGUUAGACUUAGCGUACGGCUUGACUGACACGUCUCGUUUGGGUUGCCAGAUCUGCCUGACAAAGUCCUUGGAGGGCGUCGUGGCUCGUGUUCCCGAGAGCGUAGCAGACAUCAGACAGAGCAAAGACGGCUCCUCUUAACAGGGACAAGCGGUUGCAGUCAGUGUGUGUGAGCCCAGUCAGAACUAAAGGGUAGGACAUGUGAGCACAGGGAUGAGGGUUGGUGGUGACCUCCUCCUUUCUUCUUCUUCUUCUUCUUUUAGAGAGACACAUUUCCAGCUAGAGCCAGAUCUGGAUAACCAGGAUGUAAGAGUUACAGAACUUUGACUCUGAAGACAAAAUCAGGUUUUUAGAAAGUGAAGAGAAUUCUUUUAACUUUCAGGUCAAAGGUCAGUUGUAGGUUUUCUAUUUUAAUCACUGUCAGAAAACCAUCUUCAUCUGGGGUAACAUGGAAACAACAACUCACUGAUAGUUAUACAUGAAGCUUAGACUCCACCUCUCAUCCUUCUUCUCUCCCUGUGUGAAUUCAGUCGUACCCACUGAGCGCUGCAGUGAAAACGCAGCCUUAAAGAUUGCGCUGAUUCUGACAUCCUUAAUCCUGUUAUUUUAUUCUACCGAUGUAUCCCCUUUACUAUGUUUGAAUCCAACAUGUAACCGUAUAAUUUCAUCAUGUGAUUGUACAUAGCUAGAACACACAUAUAUCUAUGUAUAGAGUGAAAAGAAUGUAAUAAAAAUCCCCUUUCUAACA